AUGGCUAGAAUAAUCACGGGUGCGAGAGGCAUUGGAAGUGUUCUAGUUGAAGACAGCUUUAAAUAUCAGUUUAAUCGACAGAGUCAAUCGACGAUGCAUUGGCGAUGUUGGCGAACAACUUGCGGCGCGAAACUAAAGACUAAUCUCUUCGACAGGAAUGAUGAAGAUCCAAACGUUAGAGUGCUGGAGAGAGAGCAGCAUGAUCACGAAGAAGACGAUGCCGUUAUACAGACAAGAAUCUUUCUCAACGAUGCCAAAGGCAGUGUACGAGAUGAUCCAACCAGACCAAUAAAGCGAGUUUAUGACCGGCACGUUUCGGCAAUUCACAGAGAGGCUGGCAGAUCCGAUCAAGAAAUUCCUGAUUUCCAAUCCGUUCGGUCACAAAUGUCAAGGGUGAAAUUGGCUGAAGUGCCCGACACGCCCCAAGAUAUCGACGACGUCAACAUCAAAGGUUCCUGGGCACGAUCACGGAGAAACAAAUGGUUCCUGCUACAUCAGGACAAUGAUUGGGGCAUCGCUAUUUUCGGCACUCGAAGAAAUCUUUGUGCGCUUGAUCAAUGUCAACAAUUAUACAUGGAUGCAACUUUUCGCACAGCCCCACGACCAUAUGAGCAAGUUUUCACCAUACUUGGCGAGUACUACGGACGAGUAUUGCCACUGGCCAUCGUACUUAUCACAAAUAGGGCUAUUGGCCAUUAUAGGCAAGUGUUGCAAGUUAUCCAGCAUAAAAUUCUGCAUGCGACUGGAAGUGAAUGGGAACCUGAGGCAAUUGUAUGCGAUUUUGAGCAAGCCCUAAUCACUGCUAUCCAGACGGAACUACCUAACACCAGAAUAGAGGGAUGCUAUUUUCAUUUUAACCAGUCUCUCUGGCGCCAUGUCAAAGACCUUGGUUUGACCCAGGCCUAUCGAAAGCGUGUGAUGAAGCUCAUUAGAAAAGUAAUGUCCAUCGUUUUUUGCCAACAGCCAUCAUGAGAAAUAACUUUGCAUUACUGCGCACAGAAAAUAGGACACAGCGAUUGUUUAGCAGAUAUCCAGGUUUGGUGGAGUUUUUCAACUACGUAUUCAACAACUACAUAAAUGGAAACUUUCCUGUAACUUUGUGGAAUGUGUAUGAUCGUGACAUGGAUUGCCGUACAAACAAUCACGCUGAAGGUAAUUGCAGUUGAUUUAUCAAUUAUUGAAUUCGGUUUUCGCAUGAUAUGUAGAAUUAUCAAGCCGAAGUUUGUGUUAUCGACGUAGCCUAAGGUUGAGCUUAGUAACACGAACCGGAACAGAGGUCAUGAUAAUUCUCCAUAUCAGUAAUUGUUUUAUUAUUUAUUUAAAUGAUGGAACAGCCAAUAUAUUUACGUGUAUUCACAAUUCUUCAGUACUUCGACAGUCCUCAUGACGGCACUAUUUGUGUUUGAGAUGGCAGCAAAAAGACGAAAGUCUGAUAUCUCUAAAAGUGAUUCUUAUUAAAAUCUUAUCGUUCAUGUGGGCGUGAUUGCUAAUGUGUUUCCAUGACAACCAUAUAAAAAUAACAAUUAUAUUGAAUCAACUCUGAGAUACAAACAGACUUUCAUCUUUUUGGUACCAUUCCAAUAACUACAAAAGUGGCAGCGUAACUCAAGACAUGAAAAAACUCUAUAUUACUGCCUAUUUAUAUUCAUGCACGUUUGUCCACGUAUAUAUUACUUGCAAUUGUUCAAUUUUAGUGGUUUUAUUAUUAAGGCUUUCAUCGCGUUUGGAACAACCGUGUGCAAGUACGCCAUCCCAACUUGUGGAUCUUUAUAAGGCAUUUGAAGGAUCUUCAGGCUCAAACCAAUCAAGGCAUCCGUUCUAUGGAUAACGGUGGGCAACCCACACGAAGGCGUCGCCGCUGGCAACGGUUGGAAAAUCAACUUCAGAGAUUGAAGACCGACUACAUCAAUGGAGUCAGAGAUGUUCAGAGUUAUUGGAAUGCAGUAUCGCAUCUAGUAACUACAUUUUAG